AUGAGGACAGUAUCAGGAGAACAAAAAUUGACCAAGUAUUCCCUAAGACUUUUACCUUUAACAUUAGGUAUGACUUUGUUCUCACUGAAAGCUGAACAAGUUGGCAAUUCUGUUACUGCUGAAGAAUCACAUAAACAAGUAGUGGAGGUUGAAAGUAUUGAUAAUGAUAAUGUUUAUAAUAAAUCCAAAAAUAAAUUAAUUAUUUGUGUUGAUUUUUCUGAAUCAG